AACACUUUCUUUUUCCUAAAAAAAUAACACUGAGGCGAGGCGCACACACACAGAGAGAGAGAGAGACACUGACUGACGUUGAGUACAGAAGUGAGGUGAAGAGAGUGGAGUUCAUUUAUCCCCUUGAAAGAGAGCGCGUGUGUCUGCGUGAAUGCUGAGUUCUUUUGGUUCCUGUGCAGUAUUGCACCCCGUUUUAUUUUCAUUGACCUGUGAAGACGUGUGGGGUUUAUCCCUCCUCUCUGUGUGUGUGUCCUUUUGUGCUUGGUUAAUAACUUACAUAACUUUUGAUGAAGUUUGGAUCAUGAGACUUUGUUCAAGUGAACAAAGCACUUAUCUUCCACUAAGGAUAGCAACAUUCUGGAUUCAUACCUGGGGAGAGAGGAAAAGGGAAGUGAUGGGAUUGAGAAACCUGGGGCCAUUUGGGACUUUUAUUAAAGAAGCAUGGGAAAAAACAUUCUCUAUUGCUAAGGUCUUCUGUUGUCUACAUAUUACCAACACCUAUCUGAUCACCCCUGUUCAGACCUAUGGUCCUAGCAUGCUUCCUACAAUAGAUUUGACAGCAAACGUGUUUUUCGCGGAAAGUAUCUCAACUCGAUCUGGUAAAGUCACUCGUGGAGAUAUUAUAGUCUUGCGCUCACCUCAAAACCCUAGAAAGUUUAUCACCAAACGCGUGGUUGGAAUGGAGGGUGAUAGCAUUACAUACAUUUCUAGUACCGAGAACAGUGAUAAGCAUGAGACAGUUUUGAUUCCAAAGGGUCACAUUUGGGUACAAGGAGAUAACAUGUAUAAUACCAUAGAUUCAAGAAAUUUUGGACCUGUUCCCUAUGGCCUUAUUCAGAGCAGGAUAUUCUGGAGGGUAUGGCCACUUACAAAAUUUGGACCUUUCUGGAAAAAAUGAUCUGAAGCUUUCAACCAUGAAGUUACGAUCUUGUGCAACAUAACCAACUUUAUGUUUAAUUUUGAAAGGCAAAACGCUAUCCAUUUGGACUCUGUCCAACCUUUCUUUGCGAUUUGGAGUUCACUUCCCAGACUUGUGCAUUUUAAUCACCUUCAAAGUGUUACAUUCUUUUCUAUUACUUAUAGGAACAGUUUACCUUUUAGGGAUUAAUUAUUCUUCUAUUGUUCUUAAAAAAUGAAGUCACAAGACAUGGUAGUGGAUGAUCACUAUUAUCUACUCCGAUUGGUUUGGAAUAAUCUGCAUAGCUAC